CGCGUUUACUUCAGUCUACUUCAGUCCUCUUCAGUCUCCCAAGUAUUUCAAGCAAGGAUGGUCCGCAAGAAGUCUAAGCUCUUCAUUUCCAACGUAGACGGUUUCAAUAUGAUUCCACUGGACAUACUUUGCGAGAUUUGCAACUGUCUUUUCCCUGUGGAUCUGCUUUCGUUGGCUCGUACCAACAAAUCUAUUCGAAAUUUUAUUCUAAACCGCUCCAAUAUUGCCAUCUGGAGGGCAGCGUUUGCUAACAAUGCUGACGCUGGUGGUCCCCCUGGCUGCCCGUCGUACCUGUCUGAACCGGCCUGGACGCGUGUGGCAUUCGACAAAUCAUGCCAGGUCUGCGAAGUUGCCCUACGUGACGACAUUCGCCAUGAUUCUGUCUGGUGGGAGUUUGGUGGCCGAUAUUGCGAAGACUGUCUGAAGCAAGAGACAUGCAAGCGUAUACCCAACGAGCUGCGACAACUCGUCUCUGGAGUUGCUUGGGAUUCCGUGUUCCCCCGCAUUCGCCAGGGCGAAGAAUACUAUAGCAGUGGCUGGUACUAUGUCAAAGCACACCAACAGGAGCUUCUAGCUCGGCUGUCUGCGACAGACGAUGAUGGUCUCCGGCGCAAAAUCAUCGCAAAGCGCCAAGCGGAAACUGCUCGCAUUAUGCAGCAUGGCAAACGUUGUCGAAGCUGGGCAUUUAAACAAAUCAUGAAUCGAGCUGACGAAGACGAGAAGAAAGCAGAGGCCAAAGCUGACAAGGCGGAGAUGAGAAGAAUGGAGAGAAUACACGAGAUCGUGAAGCGGAUGAAUGAUCGUGGAUGGAACGACGAGGCAUGGAUGAAAGGGGGCAAGUUGCUCGAUCAAUUGAGCAGUUACCCAGAUAUUUUAGCUGCGAAGAGAAUAGCCACUCGCUCGCAGGAAUCCGAUGAUGGACUUGUGGCACGACUGAGCCUAGACAAGCGGAAAUUCACAUUAACAAGCCGUCUUGGAAUCUUUGAAAGACAACGCUCUGGGUUAUCCACUAUCAAUACUGCUCAGCUCAAGAUUGUCCCUCGCCCGAUUGACGUCGCAUUGAUUCCACAAGUCCGCACUCUCCUCGAAGGUGAUAGGGACUUGAUUGAGUUGAUGGAGGAAUUACGACCUACGAUGCCCCAACUUUUCAAACGAUGGGAAAUAGAUGCGUUGGCGCAGGUUACGGAGCAUGCUCGCAAUUGUUUGGGCUUACCAAAUGCGCCAAAUCCGCUUGAACUCGCGAUAGCCAUUGUUCCAUGCCCAGCUUCAUGUCCUCAGAAGCACACCUACUUCGAUAAACUACUGCAACACUACUGCCCGCGCCUUGGGUCCCAAUGGUCAAACCCUGUCCCUCAUGGUACCCCCACGGAUACAGACUCUUACCAAGAGGUUGCAACAUCCGUAUAUUCUCAAGGUCCAUUUCAUGCAUCCGUCUUUCGAUUCCAAAGCGGGCCGGUUGCCGAAGGCCUGAAGAAUGUUGUGAAAGCCUAUGGUCUAAGUCCGGAAAGCGCAACGUUUGACGAUAUGAAGUCCCAAGCCGCAGGUAGACUUCUUCGGUGCUUGUCGUGCGAUGAGAGAUUCCGCAGUGCACGCAGGUCGCGUCAGUCUGACAUCAGCACGGCUCCCAAGACAUGGCGAGACGCGGUGAAGCAUUGCGCCCAGGUCCAUUAUGAGGAUGAUGAGGCGACGGAAUGGGAGUUGUGCGAUUGA